AUGGCGAUUGCAAAGGAAUUCACUAAGCACAUCUCGUUUGAUGAUCUAGCACCUUCUCUAAUUGAUGAUCAAGCAACUAUUAUAAAGAAUGACAGCCACCAUGUUGGCUUGAACAAUCAUUUUUUGCAUAUACCUCCUCAGUUCAAUCCGAUCUACAAAAAUAGUUUGGAUGGCAGCCAAGGUUUUGACGAACUUGUUGUCAAUGACAAUCAAGAUUCACUUGAAGAGGAAGGACGUUCUCGACAAUCCCGAAUGGAAAGUCCGACACCUACCGUUCCUCUGUUUUCAACCCAGAUGUUUUCUCCUGUAGCGCAUGAUCCUUCCAAAAGCUAUCUAAGGUCACCCAGUGAUGGAAGAAGCAGAAGUGAGUCUCCAAUGUUUCGGUCGAAAAGAGGAACCUCAGUGAGACUGCCCCCUCCUCCAAAAGUGUCUGUGCUAAGAAAGACUCAAAAGGCUGCUGAUGAACAGGGGCCUAUUGAGGAUAUUGACAUCGGAGACAUAGAUUUCGAUCAGGAAAGAAGGAUGAACAGAACGACUGAAAAAAAUACGCAACAAAAUUCAGGGUCAAGGAGGGGCUAUACUCAAGCUGCGUUUGCCAAUCUUAACGAAGUAGAAGAUAGAAUAGAAACAAAGUCUAUGGUCGAUUUAUCUGAAGGAAAUGCAGAUACUUCCAAGAAAAGAUCUAAAUCUUUUGCUGGGAUGACAGAUGAAGAAUUAACCAAGUUGGAAGAAUUUUACAUAAGUAAAGGGAGGUCGAACAAAACUAAAAUAGAUCAGUUUGAUUUUGGUGAACAACUCCCGGUCUAUUUGGACACAACCGCAUCAAAAACAGAUUCCAAUUCAGAAGAUAUGACAGAUCCUUUGGCUGCAAUUUACCCAUCAAGGCCUACAAUUGUUCAUAAUGCAAUCUCAAUGACCAUUGAUCACCCAGAUUAUGAAAGUUAUGUAUCCAAGAGAAAACAAAAGCUAAGCUGUAAAGAGAAAGAAGAUGACAUCGAUUUAAGAGUCGUUUCAUGCUAUAUAUCAGGUAGGAGGUAUACAUGGUCAUCAGUAGAUUGGUAUGUUGAGAACCUGGCAAGAGAUGGUGAUCAUUUGGUAAUUUUCACGACAAUCCCUGAGUUUGAAGCCAAAAUUGAUAGUUUAGCCUAUAAGGAAAAAAGAAAACAUCGCUUAGAAAGAAUGGCCAGCGAUACAAGUGAAAACAUGACUACGGCAUCACAUAGUCUUGCGAGUGCUGAUUCAUCGGUUCCGCUAUCUACCGGAAUAAGAAUCGAAGCUAUUCACGAUGAGGCAAAGAAGACCUGUAGCAAAAUUUUAGAUUACUAUUCCAAGAGAUUGGCAGCCAAAAUUGUUAGGAUUAGUAUUGAGAUGGUGAAAGAGGAUUCAACAAGAUCGGCCAUAAUUCUUGCGACUUCCUUACAUAGACCGAGUUUACAAGUUAUUAGCACAGUUAGUGCCAAUAUUCAAAUUAAAUUCAGAAACGGGAAAGUUAAAUUGCCAUUCUUUUUAAUGAGACAUUUUGCAAUGCCAGUGUUUGUAGUUCCAUUUGAAUUUAUCAAACCGGAACUCUUGAUUAAGCCCAAAACAGGGCAAAACGAAAACGAAAAGAAGGAAGAAAUAGUUGACGAUUUGAAGACAAAGGUGAAAAAAGAGGAGAGAUUGCAGUGGCUCAGUGGGUUGGUCAACAGAACUUUAGAAAACCCGUUCGCUAACCAUGACAAGGCGGUGAAUUCAGAUGAUGAAGAUAACGACAGUGACGAGUCAGUUGCCUCCAUAAAUGAAUAUUUCCCAAUUUCACCAGAAAAAAAGGAAGAAAUGGAGUUUUUCGAUAAAAUGGGAUAUAUAAGGCCAAAACCUUCCAGGCAAAUAUUAUUGGAUGAUAACACCCUCAUGAAAUACGAUAGUUCGGGCAGAAAAUUAACUCCCGUUGAGUCAAGAAGUUCCAAGCGUAGUUCCAAGCGUAGUUCAAGGAUACAAUUUAAUAACAACGGUAUUUAUAAAGUAAAAUCUAUGGUUGAUGACGUUUAUGAUCAUAAUACAGCCUCUACACCCCACACCAAAAGUGUUUUAAAAUGGGAUAAUGAAGACCCAAAACCAAGAUUUACCUCACAUCCAAUGAGGAAAACAAAAUCAGCUGGCCUAUCACCAAGAACGUCAACUACAUCAUCUUCUUCAGGGCAGCGGAAGGUUCACCACCAUCAUCACCAUCAUGUUUCAAGGACAAAAACCGCAGAGAGCAGCAAAUCAGGUGGGAACAGCAAAAAAGGGAGUUUUUCGUCUUCAACGAAUGAACAUCAAUCCAAAAAGUCUGAAAAGAAGAAAACUAGUAAAAUCGGCUCGAUCUUCAAAAAGGUCUUUGGCUGA